GCAGAGUGGCGGUGGAGCCGUGAGAAAGAGGAGGAGGAGAAGGACAGGGAGAGGCGUUCUCCCGCGAUCGCUUGGAGAGGAGCCAUAUUUCCAAGUGGGGCUCCACACGGAGACCCUGCUGUGGCUGGUGCGCCCCGCCGAGGUCGCGCCGCAGAGAUUUAGUUUGCCUGGAAAGGCAGAGUUAGAAGAGGUGGAGAGAGCUUCUACCGCUGCUUCACUCCCCAGAUGCGUGUGUGGGCUAUUUAGGAAGAGUUGAUUGAAUUCAGCACAGGCAGGCUCGGCCUGUCCGGCGUGGAUCCUCCAUGCAGGAUGGCUGAUCUGGUUUUGUGUGAACCGACGGAGCUUUACAACAUCUUGAAUCAGGUCACGCAGUUCUCCAGGCUAACGGAGCCCAACUAUCUCUGUCUGUUGGAUGUCCGCUCCAAACGGGAGUACGACGAGAGCCACGUGAUCACAGCCGUCCGUGUGAAGAAGAAGGAUGGCAAGUUUCUGGCACCGGAGUCGGUGGAGCUGGAGUGCGUGAGGUACUGCGUGGUGUAUGACAGUAACACCAGCUCCCUGGAGAGUCCCUUAAAAGACGGUGACAACGAAGAUGAAGAUGAAGAUGACGGGGAAGAAGAUGCUGUCUCUGAGGAUUUACUCCUAAAGCAGAGGCUGUCAACAGGAGCUGCUGUGCUCUAUGCCCAGACCCUGGCGCAUCUCGCCCGCCACCCCAUCCUCGUCCUGAACGGCGGGUACGAGCGCUUCUCCGCCUACUACCACUUCUUCCGGACACAAAAGAUCAUCUGGAUGCCUCAGGAGCUGGCCGCCUUCCAGCCGUACCCCAUUGAAAUCCUGCCAGGUAGGAUCUUCCUGGGCAGUUUCUCACAGGCCUGUGACCCCAAGAUUCAGAAGGAUCUGAAAAUCAAGGCACACGUCAACGUCUGCAUGGAGACGGGGCCCUUUUUUAGAGAUGACCCCGAGAGACUCCUGCACAUCCCGAUCGAGGAUUCCCUGGAAGCCAAGAUAUUCCCCUCUUUCCGCCACCUCUGCCAUUUCAUCACCGUUCACCUCCAGAUGGGUUCUGUCAUUCUGGUCUUUUCCACCCAAGGGAUCAGUCGCAGCUGCGCAGCCGUCAUAGCCUUCCUCAUGCACGAGAACCAGGAAACCUUGAAGAGGUCCUGGGACCACGUGCGGAAGUGUCAGAACAACAUGCACCCCAACCGGGCCAUGGUGGCUCAGCUGCUGGACUGGGAGAGGAUUGUCUUGGGCGACAGCGUCACGGACACCUCGGACCCGCUCUUCUGACGGGCGCCCAGGGACUGCUUGUGGGUGGCAAGCUGGAGUGUGUACCCGAUAGGUCUGGAAGAAGGCCUUUGCCACCAGAAUCCCCCAAAUUAGACUCCUGCUCUGGUUCUUCGGGGCCCCUUGUUGACACCACAAAGCAGGUACAUUCUGCUCGGGCUCCCCG